AUGGCCUCACUACAGAUCAGCAGAGGCCACACGUGUGGAGGAGUUCUCAUUAGAGAAGACUACGCGUGUGUGUUCGUCUGUGUGUGUGUGUUUGUAGGUGCGGUGCAGAGUGGCAUCUUUGGGGGUAAGGAGGCCAAGCCGCACUCGCGACCCUACAUGGUCUCUUUACAGGUCAGGGGGUAUCACGUGUGUGGAGGAGUUCUCAUCAGACAGGACUAUGUUCUUACCGCUGCCCACUGCCUCGAGUACAAGCCGGAUGUCGUAGUCCUCGGUGCCCACAACAUCAGCAGGGAAGAGAAGAGCCAGCAGCGUGUGGCUGUAUCUGAGUCCAUCCCACACCAGAAAUACCGACCCGUUGAAGAACCCUGGGGACACCAGCACGACAUCAUGCUGCUCAAGCUAGACCCUCCAGUGCAGCUGACCGAGUCUGUGUCGGUGCUGGAGCUGCCUAAGAGGUUUGGCUACCUGAAGGCGGGCAUGAGGUGCGAGGUGUCCGGCUGGGGCAGGAGGAUGCUGGGCAGGGGUGUGGAGUCUGUCCUCUACGAGACCACCGUCAUCCUGGACAGCAACGGAGAAUGUGAAUCCAAAUGGCAGCAGUACUACAACAAGGACCAGAUGGUCUGCACUGUCUCCGAUGGCAAAGACGGCUUCUGCCAGGGUGACUCUGGGGGUCCGCUGGUGUGCUGGAAGGGGAAGAGUAGAGUUCUGUACGGCACCACGGCCUACACUGAUGUCCCCUGCGACAAGCCGGGCUACCCAGAAGUCUACAUGAGGGUGCCCUUCUUCCUGCCUUGGAUACGCUCUGUCAUGGGGGACAAUUGA